UAACACACGAACUCAACAAAAUGUACAAACUGGUAGCUGUAUUCUUCGCUGCGAUGAUUGGAUCUCUAGUCGCACAGCAAGCAGAUAUCGUUAGAUACGAGAACGACAACACUGGACUUGGCAACUUCAGAUACUUUUUUGAGCAGACUGACGGCACUCGACAUGAACAAAUAGGCGAACUUAGAAAUGCAGGAACUGAAAAUGCUUACGUCGUACUUAGGGGAUUUUACUCUUACGUCGCUCCCGAUGGUGUACUAAGAGUCGUGAAAUAUGUUGCUGAUGAGAAUGGGUACCAGCCUGAAGAAGGAGAGGGUCCAGGAGCUUUGCCUCCAUCGGCAGCGGCUUCUUUGUUAGGUUAAAUUGAAAAA